AUGUCCGUUUCCUGUAAACGCAAAGCGGUCGCGAAUGAUCCUACUUCAGUUGAAUUGACUGGUAUGUCUAGGGCGUUCAAAAUGGAGAUGGAGGAUGCAUUGAAUGGUUCUGGACAAACCAUGUUAACGUUCAAAAAUGCGAUGAACAAAGUUCGCACAUCACCUCCGUGGAUGAGAGCACGUCACAAGGAAGCAUCGCAGUGGAAUCCGUACAGUUUCGAAGGAGGGAGUACAGCCGCAAUAGCUGGUGACAAUUUUGCGAUAAUUGCGAGUGAUACAAGAAUGUCUCAAUUUGAAGUCAACAUUCUUUCGAGAGAUGCCGAAAAAAUUCAUAUUUUGUCGUCGAUUCAUCUUCCAAGUGCUCCAUUCCUUCUUUUAACCUGUAGUCGUCUUCACAAGUAUCGUUUUGAUUAUCGUGAUGAUAUGACAGUCGAUCUAUGUUCGGAAUUACUGUCGCGUAACCUUUAUUAUCGACGUUUCUUCCCUUAUUAUACUGGUGCCAUAUUGGCUGGCAAAGGAGCAGUGUUUAGUUAUGAUCCUAUCGGUUGUAUCGAACGCCUUCAGUAUGCAGCUUCGGGAAGUGCUGAACCGAUGAUAAUGCCUUUCCUUGAUUGUCAGGUUGGUCAUGUGACAUUGGCAGAUGAUUGCGAAAAAGCGAAGUUGACGAUAGAACGAGCAACUUCUCUGCUGAAGGAUGCAUUCCGUGUGUCAGCUGAAAGAGAAAUAUGCACUGGCGAUAAGAUACAUUUAAUUAUUGCCGAACAUAAAAAACCCAUCAAACAAGUCUAUUUACCGCUUCGUGAAGAUUAA